GCUUGUACGACGCUGCCGGUCGUCCAAUAUCCGUAUAUAAGAACUCAGCUUAAACGUCCCCGCACGCACACGAUUACUGCCUUAUAGAUCAUAUACAAUGGAUAGAGCUUAUGUAUGGAGCGUGCGUAAUAACUCAUACCUUGAAGUUAAAUGGGUGGUGGUGGGUUAUGUUGGACCGUGAAUUAAGAUAUACUUAAUUAUGUCUUAAUUCGUGGUCCAUCAUAACACACCACCACCCAUUUAACUUCAAGGUACAACCAGUUAUUACGCACGCGUUUCGCCAACAAUCACUAUAAAAUAACUAAUAUGUGGGCCGUGGGGGGGUUAUGUUGGACACAGCAAAUGAUUAAAGUAGCUCCAUCCAUUGUAUAUAAUAUAUGAUCUAAGAUUGCUGCGAAUCGCUUACAUUUCACGGUACACAACAGUAAUGCGCAUGCUCAGAAAUAUAUGUGAACGAUACAGAGUACAGACUGUCAUACUGUUAACUGAUAACGUUAAAAUUAAAUAUUAAAACGUUUAAAAUCAAAUUUUUGAAUUUUGUUUACUUAUUAAAUAUGCUACCAAGUGGCAAGUACUAACUAAUUACUAAUUGGAUGUCAAAAUUGUAUAUUAAAUUAUUAAAUUGUUUUCAUCAACAUGGGCAGAGUGUGUUGUUUUUAUUGCCAAUCAACGCCAUCCAAGAUCUCAGGCUUAACAUUGCACACGUUACCUGCUGAUAAAUAUUUAUGUAACGCUUGGCUAAAAGCCUGUGGCUAUACGGAAAACGACUAUUCGCCAGAUAGGAGAAUAUGUUCCCUCCACUUUGAAGAUCAUUGUUAUAAGGCGACAACAAGGAAAUUAUUAAAACCUGGUGCAGUUCCUACAAAAUUUAAGAAGAUUGCACAACAUUUAUAUGUUAACAAGCCUAAAAUGCAAAUGAUUGAACCUGAUCAAUCUAUGGUAUCCUAUAGUAAAAAUAUACUUGAAAUAACUGACAGUGAACCGUCUUGUUCACACAAUGUCACAAUUCAAAAUAUUAAUCAAAUACUUGAAAUAACUAUCAAUGAACCAUCUUCUACACCAUCUGAGUGCAUUAUUGAAACUCCAAAACGAAGGAGGAUUUGUUAUGUUGGUGAUGUAACUACUCCAGAUUUGAGUACUCCGAAACGUGCUAAAGAAAGUUUCAAAUUGGUUAAAUUAAAAAUCAUUAAACAGAGGAGAAAAAUCAAAACAUUAAAACAACAAAUUAAUAGGUUACAAAAAAAAUUAUCAUCAUUGAAAAGUUUGUUUGCAUGCAUGAAAAAACGGAAUUAAUGAGUGAAGCAGCCUAUGACAACAUUCUGGUAAUGUAUAAACUAUAAACUAACUUUAUAAAUCAUUGGAAACAAUAAAUUAACAUUAACUCUUGAAAUUAUGUUAUUUGUGUAGCUAAUAUUAAUACAAUUUUUAUUUUUUGUUUUGUUUUUACGAAUUUCAAUCAUCUUGAUUUGUAUCAAAAAUGGACCAAUAAAAUCAAAAUUGUGUUUGUGGUUUUCUAAUGAAAUUGUGUUUUUUGUGUGAUUAUUAAUUUAAUAUUAUUAAUAUUUCAAUAUAUUUACAUUAAUUAUACUUUAGUAGUAGUGUAUUUUUUUUCUUCUAGAACACUAGAGUAGUAUUAGACUAGUUGUAGUAGUCGAGCAGUUGUUGAUUUUUUUUAUGUAUAAACUGUAUAAAUCAUUGUAAACAAUAAAUUGACAUUAACUCA